AACAGUGAUGUGGCUGCUACAGACAGUGUUCAAAUGUGGGUCAGCCAGUUGGCAGCUUUGACCAAUCAAAAAUCAUCAGAAACAAACAGAAUGGCAAAGUUGGAAACUGAUGCUUCUCUUUUGAAGAAACCACCACAAGGCAUCAGCAGAAAGCGACCAGGCACUGGCAGGAAGCUUCCCACAAUACCUGCAGACAAAAGUCCAGUGAGCAGUGAACACGGCUCAAUGACUGCAGAUUUGGAUAAUGAUGUGACUUUCAGAAGGACGCCAGACCGUGUGGUCAGUGGCCGGAACAGCGCUGACAGUAAUUAUAACAUGGGGACAAAUUCUAGUCAGUCUCACACAAGGACUGUCACUAAUGGGCAUCCAGUGAGUCCGAGUUCAUUGGCUUGUACAGGCAGUGUAGAUACCGAGGUGCUUCUUCAGGACACUGAAACUGUCAUGGCUGCUAUUCAGGCACGGCUCUCUCACAAAACUAGCCAUGGUAGAAACCAUUCUUACAGCCGUGACUGUGAUAGUGAUGCCUCAAGUACAGUGGCUUUAGUCAAUGGCGAAGAGAAUAAUGUCAGAUCAGCACUGUACAAAAGUCCUCGUGAGGCACUUGCACAGAUACAAAGAAAUGGUUCCACAGUGAAAUCUGGUAACACCCCCUCCACUACACCAGUGUCUUCUGGGAAAAAACCUGUGAUACGAUCAAGUGCUCAAACCAUGGUCUCUAAGACCAUUGCUUCUCCUAGAAGCACUCCUUCAACCACUGCCACAAGGAAGUCCCUCGUGUCUGAUAUAGUCAGCAGGCGAGACAGCAUGGAUAAUGACAGCAUUAUUUCUGAUGUUAGCUCGGACGCAGGUGAUGUCUUUGCUAGGUCAUCCUCUAAAGGUAAGGCGCCAAUAACUAUGACCAGAACAAACAAAACCUUUGACCUUCGGCGUGCCAGAGUUGACAGUUUCGAAGAACAGACUGCUCCCAGAUCUGCUAAAUCUUCAGCUACAUCAAAGUCUGGUAUGGGCAAUUCAUUUGGUAGAUCUCAAAGUCUCCAUAGUACCACCAGAAGUAGAUCUUUGGUGAAUACGAGUCGCAGUGAGGCAACCAGCCUUGGGGCUCAGAUCGUCAAGAAAAGUCAGAGCAAUAUUGCUCAGGACACUGUACGAAAAGCUAGAAACACUUCCAUUGGUCGAGCUGAAAAUGGAAGACACAACCAGGGUAAAAAACUUCAGCAUUCCAUUUCUGCUAUAGCUUCUCAUCCUGCUGCUAGUAACUCGCACACUAAGAGGGAUUCGACCCCAAAGUCUCAGUCAAGAUCGACACCAACCAACAAAGGAAAUCUAGCAAUCACAGGGGUCAGUAGUGUAUCUAGUCACAGCCAGUCCCAGCCCAGCAGCAGGUCCAACUCUCCAAAAGCAGCAGAGAAGAUGGCCUGGAAACGGCGAAAGGAGUAUGAUGCCAGAAAAUCAGUGGCAGAUGCCAAGGCUGGCAAAACCAAAGAAGGGGUCAGCACAAAAUCAAAAUCAUCAGCCAGUUCUGAUAUUAAAAUGAGGAUGAUCCGGUCAGCGUCUUUCACAAACUCUGCAGGUUUAUCCUUGGGUAUCCAAAACUCUGUAUCCGGUUCUCAGGAAUUCUCAGACCAAAUGGAUUCAUAUAGCAAGCAUGAAGAUUUUCGUAGAGCCUUCAUUCCAUUUCACAGCUCCCUUCGCAGUGAUCGCUACACACACAGUGCUGAUGAAGAUGACAGCCUGGUCUCUACAAACUCCACACAGACGUCAUAUGACUCACUGAUUGUGGCAUCCAUCUACCAGCUUUCACUCAAGUUAAAAACAUCUACAGAUAAAACUUUGAGCAUGUUAAGUGAACUUUCGUCACACGUUCCCACAAGUCGGCAAGUCAAGCAGAAACUUCUGGAGGACAUUGAGAAAAAGUUUGGUUUUCAGCCCAUAGAUCACCCUGACCUUGAAGAAAGUGACUUUGCUUCUCCGGAAAUGGCAGAGUUUAGUGGGCACUUUUGA